GAGCCAUCAUGAAUAAACGCUUAAAAAUAGAUGUACACGGUCAGUGGGCAGAGCAAUGUAUUAUACACCUGAGCUUGAUUUAAACUACGUACGUAUUACACGUGUAUGUGUCUUUAAUAGGCAAUUAUUACAUAUAUUUAGUAUUCAGAUGUGAUAUUUUGAUUAACUUUUAGUUUUAGUCUACAGUUGAUCCUAAUUUCUCACUAUACGCUACGGUCAUAUUGUAUCCUUUCUACUUUUUGUGAAGCUGGUGAAAUGAUGAGUUUAAAAAUAAUAUAAUUGGCCUUCUAAAUUGAUAAAUUGAAAUGCUUCACCAAUAGGGCUGCGCAUUAUUCCAGGGUUCCUCCAGAUUUGGACCAAUGGAGGCUCUUGUGGGCGGCACCACGGCGCAGAUACGUAAGCGUCGUUCAGAGGAAGAAGAAGCCGAUUCUGGAAGCCAUUACGUUGCGCACUUAGAUUAAGUAAAUCGAGUAAAUCCUAGUAUUUUGGCGUACAAUACGCACAAUUACCUACCUUCAGAAGAAUAGUGCGGGAAUGGCAUCGCUUGCAAAAAAAAGAAAAAUGAAUUUUUCAGACAGGGAGAUGGAAAUAAUAGUUGAGGAAAUAGAGAAACAAAAGCAUACACUGGUUAACCACUUCAAUGCUGGUGUCACACACAUGGCAAAGAAUCAAGCAUGGGUGGAUAUUCUGAAAAAGGUGAACGCUGUGACUACCUGUCCCAGGGAGUUGGCAGAGGUAAAAAAGAAGUGGUCUGACAUGAAGACUGAGGUACGGCGAAAAGUGGCCCAGGCACGGGCGGCUAUAGAGGGGACGUCAGCGGACUGCACUCCGGUUCCCGUCAUCCUCACGGCUAUGCAACAGCGGAUCUGUAAUCUUUUGGGGGAGGCCACAAUCAUCAGCAUACCUGCGGGGGACUCGGAUGCUGAGAUAACUUUACCUGUGACCGCUGCGACCGCUGUCACACUCACAGAAACUCUACCUGCUGGCACAGCCUCUGUAUGUGAUGAUGACUCGAAGUCUAUAAAUGUUGAAGCCACAUACCACUCAUUGGAGGACGCAGGAGUUGGAGUUGUAGAGUACUGCACCACCACAGUAGAGGGCGCCACUCCCACCAUGGUGACUGCAGUGGAGGCUCCAGUGGAGAUGCUGGGCUCCUCUGAAUCUCCACAGCCUCAGACUCCGGCCAAACCGCAGGAGCUGAAGAGUCGCAUUGCUCUGAACUCUGCACGCCUGCUUCAGGAGCAGCGUGUUACUAAUGUGCACAUCAGACAGAUUGCACAACACCUGGAGGGCCAAACCGAGCUGCUGCAGAUGAUGCGGCGCUCUCAGGAGGCUCAGGCGUUUGCCCAGGAAAGACAGGCACAGGCUCUGGAAGGGACACAGGCUGCUCUUCUGGCUCUAGUCCAGAUGCUCAGACCUGCUUUAAAGGACCUACGCAAAUAUUUACAGAGCGGGACUGAUGUGGCAAACAGCAGCAGCACUGUAGGAGCUGGGACAGUGGACGGUGGAGGAUCAGAGGAGCAAAACAGGCCCAAAACACCACCUCCCCCCAAAGAACAAAGUGAUGAGAAUCAGUAGAUUGGUUCAACAGAUUUGCAUUGUGCUUUUGUGCAGUGAUUUUGUUUAACUAACUAGUUGCAAUGCCUAGUUGGGUGUUACUAUCUACAGUUGUACUUCUUGCAAUUCUAAUAUUUGUAGACUAGCAAGUAUUCAACUUGUUGCCUUAGUCUAUGAGUACACCUCCGUGGUAUCCCAUAUAGGGAUGUGUGAUAUAUCGGUGUUAAUAUCGAUAUUGGUGUAUGGUUUUUAUAUGUCAGUAAUAUUUACUGUUAAAUCAUGUGGAUAUUUUUUCUACAUGUACAUGUAGUUUUAAAAGCAAAGGUUAAUCUGUAGCAAAUAUUGAUUAUGAGACUCAUCAACAAGACAAGUAUCAGUAUUGGCUGAUAAAAACUAUAUCGUACUCUAGUAUCAUCUCAAAUGUGCAAAGAUCUGUGCACCAGAUGGUUGUAAGUAAUUUCUGUAACAUGCCACAAGAGGUCAGUGUGGUUCAGGCCUGCACUCAUUACCACUUGUUUUGUAUUUUGUCAGGAAUAACAUUAAAUUGCCUUUUUUAUUUUUGUAUAA